AUGUCAUCAAGGGAUAAAGAAUGCCUUCCCAGUGGGUCUGUUUGGGAGGUUACAGACUUGCUAACUGAGGAUGCUGUCAUCUGCGAAACCCCUAAUAUUUACACUUCUUCAUCUGGAUCUCGGCAUAUCUUCAUAUCUACGAAGUCCGGAUUUAUGAGCCAGGUGCUUUUCAUAAGUCGUCACGUGGAUCGUUUAUUAUAUAAAUAUCAUAGUUCAUCUCAGUCCGAUCCCUCAAAACCACCUGAAUUUUGGAUUCACGGUAUAGGACCGCUUAGUAUUGUGAGGACAGCUGAGCUGGCUCUGCACUUAAGUCAUCGAUUGUACCCUGGGCACCUCAAAAUAUCAACUUACACGAGCAGCUGUUCAACUAAGAAACAUAUUAUAUCUCAAGUAGAAAAUGAGAAAAUUUCAAUACGAGAGGAAUCGCGGACUAAAGGUGCUAUUCAUGUCCAUAUCCGUUUAGUCCCCACAUGCGAUGCUUAG